UUGGACGUUAGAUUUCCAUCCCAGAUGCUGUGAGAAAGGAUGGCAAACCAGCGCAUCCUCAGCAGCUAAUCGCAUCAAUGGAAGUCAGCCACAUCAGUUUACGGGCAUCAUCAGGACCAACUGAGCUACACAGUCGAUCAAAGUAGACAAAGUGGGAUUAAGAUUCUUCUCCUAUUGAGUAAUUCCAAGUAAUAGGACAAAGCAGCAUUUGAAAGGCAGCAAUGGGGGCUUUCAGUCGGCAGCAAUUCUUUCAGGAGCUGGCUUCAGGCUGCUUGCUACCGACUGCCCAACAGGGACUGGAGCAAGUGUGGCAGCUGUUACUCAUCUGCUUAUUGUGUAGACUACUGUGGAAAUUUGGCCACUUGCCCUCAUACUUAAAGCACCAGAGCACAAUUGCAGGAGGCUUUUAUGCACUCUAUCUGUUCUUUGAGCUGCACAUGGUGUGGGUGGUGCUGCUCAGUCUCCUUUGCUACCUCAUCCUCUUUCUGUGCCGGCAUUCAAACAGCCGCGGACCCUUCCUCUCCGUUACUGUCCUCAUCUACCUGCUGCUAGGGGAAUUGCACAUGAUGGACACCAGCAGUUGGCAUAAAAUGAGAGGUUCCCAGAUGGUAGUUGCUAUGAAGGCUAUCUCUCUUGCCUUUGACUUGGACAAAGGCAUCGUGGAGAAUGUACCCUCCCCAAUUGAGUUCAUGGGCUAUAUUUACUUUGUGGGAACAGUCAUAUUCGGUCCGUGGAUCAGCUUCAACAGCUACAGGGACACAGUAGAAGGCCAAAAACUUAAUUCAUCCUGGUUUGUGAAGGUGACAUGCAGCUGGAUAAAGAGUCAACUUUGUCUGCUGCUCUCCAACUGUGUUGCUCCUUACCUCUUCCCCUAUUUCAUCCCUAUCUUUGGAGACAAGCUUCUCCAAAAUAAGAGGAGGCGAAAGAUCAGAAGUUUGGCUGCAAGGUGGUUGCUGGCUUACAGACAUACCCUGUCCUUCCACUUUAGUAACUACUUUGUGAGUUACCUCAGUGAAACUACCACCACACUGGCAGGUGCUGGCUUCACAGAAGAGAAGGACCAUCUUAAAUGGGAUCUUUCAGUGGCUAAACCGCUAAACAUUGAGCUUCCCAGGUCUACGGUGGAGGUGGUGACUUCCUGGAACCUGCCUAUGUCUUGCUGGCUCAACACAUAUGUGUUCAAGAAGGCUCUGCCAUUUGGGAUGUUUCAAGCAAUCCUCUUCACAUACACAACUAGCACUUUACUGCAUGGAUUAAGUUUCCACAUUGGAGCAGUAUUAUUCAGCCUUGCGUUCAUGACAUAUAUUGAGCAUGUGUUGAGGAAAAAAUUGUCCAGUAUCUUUAAUGCCUGUGUCCUCUCAAAGAAAUGCCCACCAGACUGCAAACACCAAAACAAGAAGGUAUUCUGGGUGUACUGUAUUAAUGGAGCCUUUAGCAUGCUUACAGUUCUCCACCUGACCUACCUGGGCUCUGUCUUUGGCUCCAGCACUGAUGAUGUAGAUUUUGAUGAGGAUGGCAUGGCCAGUCAAACCAUUCAUAAAUGGACAGAGCUGAGCUGGACCAGUCAUUGGGUGACCUUUGGCCUCUGGGUUUUGUACCGUCUAAUUAUGUAAAUAUGG